AUGAGGCCCAGUGAUAUGGGCCGGCCCAUCCCGUAUCUGGAGCAGGUUUUGCUGGAUUUCCCUGACCUGGUGGUGGUGGCCGGACACAUUGGUGCUCCAUGGUUGGACGAGAUGCUUUUCCUAGCUGGCAAAUUCCCGAAUCUGUAUAUCGACACGUCUGCCUAUCUUCCCUCGCGCUAUCCACAUGCACUCGUUGAGUACAUGCGAGGGCGUGGUGCUAAGAGAGUCCUCUACGGCUCCAACUACCCAAUGAUCCAGCACCAGGCCAUUCAGCAGCAGUUGACCAACCUGAAUCUGGAAGACGACAAGAUGCGGCUGAUCAAGAGAAUCCACGAGUACAAGCGCCAGCUUAUGAACAUCUUGUUUGUCAUUCACCGUUACCUGGAGCUGAAACGUGCAUCGCCCGGCGACAGAGAGCAGUGUCAGAAGCGAGUCGUCCUCAUUGGCGGCAAGGCAGCUACGGCGUACGCCAAUGCAAAGAUCAUCAUCAAGCUGAUCAACAACGUCGCCAAGGUGAUCAACGCCGAUCCAGAGACGUCUGCAUACUUGAAGUGUGCCUUCGUGCCAAAUUACUGUGUAUCAGCAGCACAAGUGCUGAUUCCGGCCUCUGACGUUUCGGAGCAUAUCUCCACGGCGGGCACCGAGCCUUGA